GUGCAAGAUGCCUUCAUGACCUACAUGGUGUAUGAUGACAUCAUCACCAUUAAGCUCAUCCAAGAGGCCUGCAAGGUUCUCGGUGUCUCCAUGGAAGCCAUUCUGAGACUCUUUGGAGAAUAUUUCUUUAAAUUCUGUAAGAUGUCUGGCUACGAUAGGAUGUUACGGACACUGGGAGGAAACCUCACGGAGUUUAUUGAAAACCUAGAUGCCCUCCACAGUUACCUCACGCUAUCUUAUCAGGAGAUGAACGCGCCAUCGUUCCGCGUGGAGAGAGAAGCAGACGGGAGGAUGCUUCUCCAUUACUACUCUGAUAGGAGGGGUCUGUGCCACAUCGUACCAGGUAUCAUUGAGGCUGUGGCCAAAGACUUCUUCGACAUUGAUGUGACCAUGGAUAUCCUCAGCAUGAAUAAGGAAGAGGAGAGGACAGGAAAGAAAGAGCAUGUUGUGUUUCUGGUUGUACAGAAGUCUCACAGCCAGAUGGGAAGGGCAAAGCCAAACAGGUUAAAAGGCAAUCAGGAUAUCCAGAGGGACCAAGAGGCCCUGGAGGCAGCUUUCCUUAGGAUGAAGGAGAAAUAUUUGAGUGUCUCUGUUUGCCCUGUGAAGAAAUCCCACUGGGAAGUUGUGAGAAGUAUAGUCAUGUUCGGAAAAGGGCAUCUCGUGAACACCUUUGUGCCCGUUUAUCCCGAGCGUCUCUGGAUUGAACAGAAGACAUUCUGCAAUGCUUUUCCUUUCCACAUUGUAUUUGAUGAAUCACUGAGGGUCAAGCAAGCCGGAGUGAAUAUUCAGAAGUAUGUCCCAGGACUCCAAAACCAGAAGAUUCGAUUGGAUGAGUAUUUCUCCAUCAUUCAUCCCCAAGUUACCUUCGACAUUUUCAGCAUCUGCAAAUUUAUCAACAGUCAAUUUGUCCUGAAGGUCCGAAGAGAAAGGAUGCCUGAGGCAUGGAAAAGUCAGCCCGCACUCAAACUGCGAGGCCAGAUGAUCUGGAUGGAGUCCGCGCGGUGCAUGCUAUACCUGUGCUCCCCGAAGCUCCGCAGCCUACGAGAGCUGGAGGCGCACCGGAUGCACCUGUCCGACAUCGCCCCCCACGACACCACCAGGGACCUCAUCCUCCUGAACCAGCAGCGGCUGGCAGAGAUUGAGCUGUCCAACCAGCUGGAGAGGAAGAAGGAGGAGCUGCGGGUCCUCUCCCAGCACUUGGCCAUAGAAAAGAAGAAAACCGAGACCUUGCUUUAUGCCAUGCUGCCGGAACAUGUGGCCAACCAGCUGAAGGAGGGCAAAAAGGUCGCUGCGGGAGAAUUUAAAACCUGCACCAUUCUCUUCAGUGACGUGGUGACAUUUACUAACAUCUGUGCUGCCUGCCAACCUAUCCAGAUAGUGACCAUGCUGAAUUCCAUGUAUUCCAAGUUUGACAGAUUAACCAGUGUCCACGAGGUCUACAAAGUGGAAACUAUAGGAGAUGCCUACAUGGUGGUAGGGGGCGUACCAGUGCCCAUUGGGAGUCAUGCUCAAAGAGUGGCUAACUUUGCUCUGGGGAUGAGAAUUUCUGCAAAAGAAGUGAUGAAUCCUGUUACUGGAGAGCCCAUCCAGAUCAGAGUGGGGAUCCACACAGGACCAGUCUUAGCAGGUGUGGUGGGAGACAAGAUGCCGCGGUACUGUUUGUUCGGUGACACUGUGAACACGGCUUCUAGGAUGGAGAGUCACGGGCUUCCCAAUAAAGUGCACCUCAGCCCCACGGCCUACAGAGCUCUGGAGAAUGAAGGGUUUGAAAUAGUUGAGAGGGGCGAAAUCGAAGUGAAGGGGAAAGGGAAAAUGACCACCUACUUUCUGAUCCGGAACCUGCAUGCCUCGGAGGACGAGAUCAUGGGCAGACCUCACAGCCGGCUUGAUCGCAAGGGUGAGCAGAAAAGAGAAGCCGCAUCUCAGUGUCAGAUAUUUUUUCCACUAACAACUUCAGAUGUGUUUAGUGGGGCCCUUGGGCAUGUGGGGUCAGCGUGGGUCAUCCCUUUGCACGACUUUCUUUGGGUCGAGGCUCCCAAGGAUCAGAGCAACCAGGAUGAACACUUGCAUCCGGGGUAG